CUGCUCGUGCCCGAGUCCGUGCGGAUUUAGUUGUGCACGCGCGUUCGUAAUCGUAACCGGAAGUGGAGUCGUCGUCAGCGCGAAGGGUGUGAGCAAUACGAUGACACAUUGUUUGGAUCUCAAGCAGGAUCACGUUCGCGAAGAUAGUAUCCAGAUCGUCAGAUGUCAUAAGAGGAUGAAAAGAAGUCUCUGUCACCAGAAACCGUACAAAUGAUAUGACCGGUCGCUGCACUCAUCUACCUAAGAGUUAAUUGUUAGCCGUCUACAGGAAGUCUUUUUGCACUGCAUCACCAUGGUGGACAACCGAUACGCCACGGCGCUGGUCAUCGGCUCCGUGCUCAGCCUGCUUGCCACCGUCUAUCUUUCGGUCGCCAUGGGAACGCAGCACUGGUACCAGUACCACAGUCAGCCGGCAAGCAACGACGCCAACAACGGCUCGGACCUGCAAACCAUGCGGCAGGAUUUCGAGGGAGAAGACGUGGAUGAGAGGAGCUACAGUGUGGCUCUGUUCCGGCUGAACGGCACGCUGGGUCUCUGGUGGCGCUGCGUUUUGGUGCCCAAAGACUCGCACUGGUUUAAAGAGCCUGAUCCGAUAAUGGUGACUAAAUGUCAGGCCUUUACUUUGCCACAGCAGUGGGAAUCCAAGUACAAAUCUCCUGGGAAUAUUAACAGCGGAGAAGAUCUGCUGCGUACAUACCUGUGGAAGUGUCAGUUCCUGCUGCCGCUGGUCUCUGUGGGGCUGGUGUUUCUUGCGGCGCUGAUCGGAGUGUGUGCCUGUCUUUGCCGCAGUAUCACUCCCACGCUGUUCGUAGGGCUGCUGCAUCUGCUGGCCGGCCUGUGUUCCGUGGCCACCGUGUGCUGUUUCCUCGCGGGCGUGCGUUUGCUACACGACAUAUCCGAGCUGCCCGAGGGGAUGAACACUGCGCCGGGCUGGUCCUUGUUUUUGGCUUUGGUCUCGUCUCCGCUGCAGAUCAUGGCCGCCGCGCUCUUCAUAUGGGCCGCGAGGAGCCACCGCCAACACUACACUCGAAUGACCGCCUACAGGGUUGCUUAGGCAAUAAAGCACCGGCUAUUGGCUGGAUUGUCUUGCCAGCCAUGUUCGCUUUAGCGGCCGCUUUUACCACUAACCCAGCUAAAAUAAUGAAGGAAACUGUCAGAACACACCGCUCAAAGUUAGUAGGUUAACUAACGCCGUCCACCUGUAGCACUAUCCUGUGAAUAUAUUCAUUUCUUGAAGGAUCUUCCUACUAUAUAACUGCCUUUUAACCACUCUGUUAGCAUCUGUGCUGUUGAAGAUGAGAAACCAAACUUUUGAACAGAAAAGCAUCUGUAAACACUAAAGAGUAGCUAUUCAGGGCUUCGCCGUGUGUUCAGUCACACUUUGCCUGUUGACUAAACUUAUUUUGACCUGUUAGGUUUAGUUUCAUCUCCUCAGCGCGUUUUAAACAAAGCCUCCGUGUUUUUUUUAUUCAGCCUGUGUUGUAGCUACUCAGUGACGUCUUGAAGCGAUUGCAUUGUAGCGCUCUGCAAUCCCAAGAUGCAGUAGGCUUUCGCCUUGGCCGUAAAGACUGAAAGUUUGUGUCCGUCUUAAGCACUAACCACUUGAGCCUUUUGUGUUUUCCCGAACAUUUGCUUAUUUAUUUAUUUUUUUUCCCCUUGUGCUUCGCCUCGGUUAUGCUCCGUUUUACCAUUUAGUUUCUCUUUGAGAAUGUACUACAUGCUUUUCACCCGUUUAGUGACCGAUUAGAAUCGAGUAAUAAUGUUUCGUGAUGGUUCAGUCAUUUAAAACCAUCUCAGCUGUGGUUUAUAUGCUUAUUUAUACUUCAUUUAAAAGAGUUAGCUGGUGCACGUUAUGUGAUUGUUACCAUGAUGCUGUUUUCGAUAUAUAUUCUUUUCUCAGCGUAAUGUUAUGACAGCUAAAAUGCUGGAUGUAAAGCCACUCUAAACGUUGUUGAAAUGAGUGCAUCUUGAGUGACUUAAAAACAUCCGGUCACUGCUAUCAUUCAUCACGUAUAUCAUGCACACUUUGACGUAAAAAUCUGUAGGCGGCUUGAAGAUUUAAAUGGCAUGAAAACGUACCAGUGGCAAAAAUCACACCGUGCACUUCCAGCUUCACUUGAUUUUAUUGUGCCAUGUGGUGUAUUGUAAUAUUUGAGAUCACAUUCUGUGCGAGUGUGUUUGCUUUUCGUUUCGUCUUUUUAUUCCGAGCCCGUUAGAGGCUCAAUUUUGUCAAAGCAAUCAGGCAAGAGCGACAGCAUAUGAGCAAUACAGUCAAGAGGAUACCUCACACUCCACUGUGACAUCACCGUGAUGUCAGUACUUCAGACGGUUUUGCCUUUUUUAUACAGUUUUGUACACGUUCCUGUCAAGUGAACAUUUUGCUGGUCACAAUAAAUACCUAUUCAUCCAAAA